GCCAAACACACACUCAGAGAGGAAGAGAUGGAGAGAGAAACUGAGAUGAAACAAUCGAGGUUCAAGAGGAUUUGUGUGUUCUGUGGGAGUAGCCCGGGGAAGAAGACCAAUUACAAGGAUGCUGCUAUUGAGCUAGGGAAGGAACUGGUGUCAAGGAAUAUUAAUCUGGUGUAUGGAGGAGGCAGCAUUGGCUUGAUGGGGUUAGUUUCUCAAGCGGUUUAUAACGGUGGUCGCCAUGUGAUAGGAGUUAUUCCCAAGACACUAAUGCCGAGGGAGAUAACAGGAGAAACGGUGGGAGAAGUGAAGGCAGUGGCGGACAUGCAUCAAAGGAAAGCUGAGAUGGCCAGGCAUUCUGACGCCUUCAUUGCCUUACCUGGUGGCUAUGGGACACUUGAGGAGCUUCUCGAGGUCAUAACAUGGGCUCAACUAGGAAUCCAUGAUAAACCUGUGGGAUUAUUGAACGUGGAUGGCUACUACAAUUCCUUGUUGUCCUUCAUCGACAAAGCAGUGGAGGAAGGUUUCAUCAGCCCAAAUGCUCGUCACAUCAUUGUCUCUGCCCCAACUCCAAAAGAGCUCUUCAAAAAGAUGGAGGAAUACAUCCCAAAACAUGAAGGAGUGGCUUCUAAGCUCAGCUGGGAAACAGAGCGACUAAGAUGACAAAAGUGGAGGAAGAUGAUUAAUUAAUAAUGGGAUAUAGACCAGGCCAGUUUAACAGUUAACUACAAAGAAGAGGUUGCUACUGUUGAUGAUCUGUAGAUGAGCUAGCCUACCCACAAUUUCCUCAAAUUAGACUAUUAUGUUCCCUCUUUUUGUACUCCUGUGUUUCCUUGUUAUUAGUGUUAAAUUACUGUAAUCACUACUUCAAACCUAACUAUCUGUUCUCUUGAGUUUCAUCAACGCUCAUUUCAA